GUCUGUAUUACGGUAUCACCAUAGCAAUUGUAUCGUCUGCGACCGCCAUGACAGUUUUUGUUCUCAACAUCCACUUCAAAGGCUCCCGCGGACGCGAAGUUCCCAGAAUACUCAAAAAGAUAUUUUUUGGCGUGGUGGCCAAACUUCUUUUUCUGAACCUGGAUCUAGAGGAUGUCCCUACGAACCCAAAAAAGGGUCAGACUCCCAAAGGAGCGCAACCAGUGCCACAGAACGACUAUUAUGCUAGAUACGACUUCGAUAAACAUCCAGAGAACGGCGGGAUAUCGCCGAGGUUCGCUCGCAAGUUUACACCUAACCCUUCCUCGCCCAGUGCGGACAAUACUGAACGACAGUUUCUGCGGGUCUUACAGAAGGUGUACCAAACCAUUGAGAAAAACGAAAUGAGACUCGAGGACCAGGAUAGAAAAGACUCAAUCAAGAAUGAGUGGCAGCAGCUGGCCCUAGUUAUUGACAGACUACUACUGUUCAUUUUCAUUGUGUUCACCGCAGGAAUCACCCUGGCACUAAUCCUGCCUGGCUACUAUGCACAAAUGAGAGAUAUUGUUUGA